CCGCCGCCCCCGACGGCGUCCGGCCCGGCGUUGGCCUCGGUGGCGGGACCGCGCAAGAGCAGCUCGUCGCGCCGCAACGCGUGGGGCAACUUGUCGUACGCGGACCUCAUCACCAAGGCCAUCGAGAGCGCCCCGGAGAAGCGGCUCACCCUCUCGCAGAUCUACGAGUGGAUGGUCAAGAGCGUGCCCUACUUCAAGGACAAGGGCGACAGCAACAGCUCCGCCGGCUGGAAGAACUCCAUUCGUCACAACCUUUCGUUGCACAGCAAGUUUAUCAGAGUGCAGAAUGAAGGAACAGGAAAAAGUUCUUGGUGGAUGCUUAAUCCAGAAGGAGGUAAAAGUGGCAAGUCUCCCCGGAGAAGGGCUGCCUCCAUGGACAACAGCAGCAAGUUUGCAAAGAGCAGGGGGAGAGCUGCCAAGAAAAAAGCAGCGCUUCAGACGGGUCAAGAUGGAAGCAGCGAUAGUCCGGGCACGCAGUUCUCAAAAUGGCCGGCAAGCCCCAGUUCUCACAGUAAUGACGACUUUGAUAAUAAUUGGGGUUCUUUUAGACCUCGAGCCAGUUCGAAUGCUAGCACAAUCAGUGGAAGACUUUCUCCGAUCCUGCCAGAACAGGAUGACCUUGGAGAAGGGGAUGUACACUCUAUGGUCUACCCUCCAUCGACCACCAAAAUGGCUUCAACUCUGCCCAGCCUUUCUGAGAUGAGCAGUUCAGAAAACAUGGAGAAUCUCUUGGAUAACCUCAACCUUUUAUCCCCGAAUGCAUCCUUAGCUGGAUCAAAUCAGUCUCCACCUACUACCUUGAUGCAGCAAUCUCCUGGCUAUUCAUAUACUUCAUCAAGCACAAGUAUAGGUUCUCCCAAUGCGGACUAUAGGAAAUACAGUUAUGGCCAGGCCAGCAUGAACUCUUUGCCCCAGAUGUCUAUGCAAGCACUUCAAGACAGUAAAGCGACGUAUGGGACUCUGAACCAAUAUAACUGCCAUGUGGGACUUCUCAAGGAGUUGCUGACAUCUGACUCUCCUCCUCACAAUGAUAUCAUGGCAUCUGUAGAUGCUCAUGUUUCCCAGCCUAGUGGUCGAGUGCUAGGGCAAAAUGUCUUAAUGGUCACUAACUCUGCAAUAUCCCCGUAUGGCAGCCAGCAGUCCCAUAACAAAAUCAUUGCCCCAAGUGCCCAUGCCCGCCAAGGACAUGCCCAGCCAACAUCAGGAGUUGUUAACAGCCAAACCUUGUCGCUCACACUCAGCACGGUGUCUCAUGCUUCAAGUUUAAGUUCGUCCACAGUGAAAGCCUUAGUACAAGUGCCUAUGAGCCACCCAGGGCAUAUGAGUGGCACAAACCCGUACACCACUGUGAACAGUUGUAACGGUUAUGGAAGAGUAGGGGUUGCUUCUUUUCAUCAGGAGAAGCUCCCUAGUGACUUAGAUGAUAUGUCGAUUGAACGACUGGACUGUGAUGUCGAAUCCAUAAUUCGUAAUGACCUCAUGGAUGGGGACACAAUAGAUUUCAAUUUUGACACUGUGUUGCCUAACCAAAGCUUGUCACAUGGUGUUAAGACGACGACACACAGCUGGGUGUCAGGAUGAGACUUGAAGGCUCCAGGUGAAAGUUCAUCAGACAUCUCGGACUUACAAGAACUGAACAAGGGAGUCCAAAGAUGGGCUUCAGCCUCUCUUCAUUUUUUAUCUGUAAUGUUUUUUUUUCCUCUUGUCAGGCUUGGCAGCAGAUAAAUUCCACCACCCCACCACCACCACCAUCCCAAGUACAGGACAUUUGCCAGAUACUUGCAGGUUAUUUGCUGCUGUAAUUAAGCAGUGUGCCAUUUGAAGUGCCAAACUCACUACAGUGUCAUAAAAAAGCAGAAGAUACUUGUGCAUUAUGUUCUGUGUUGGCUGUGUGUACAGUAUAAAGUGUAAAGUAUAAUGGUUUAUUUAGGUGUGUAAUAGAACCAAGAAAAGACUACAAAUGUUAAUACUGUGGUAGUUUUAAACAUUGUUCACUUGCGAUCAGCUUUCUUUUGUUCUCCUCAUUUCAUUGAGAACUGUGUCCUGUUCAGCUGCCUUAAAUAUAUUGAAAUUGCUGUAUAGUUUUUGUAUGAGAGCAUAUCCUUGAUUAUGAUCUAACCAAAGUUGUUGGCCAUUCAGAUUUCCACAUCUGAGAGCAGGCUGGAAGCUUUGUCACCUUUGUUACUGAUUGUACAGUGCAUUCAUUAUGGGGCUGACUUCCAGACUGGUUUAUUAAUUUUUGUGAUCAACUUAAAUUUUAUAAGAGGCAUAUAGCUAUUUUUUUCUUACAUCUCUACUUUGUUAUAUAAGCUCCUUUAAAAUUUGCAGAGUCCAGGAUACUUAACAACAUUUGUAAUGUUUUAUAUACAGUAUUUUAAUAAGACUAAAGGGAGAGAAUUUAUAUUAGCACUCUGCAAGAUUUAUAAAAAAAAAGGUUUCUAAAUGUACAUUUUUGUGUGGGGUUUUUUUUCCCUGGCAAAAGUGUGAUCUGGAGACAUGUAUUUACAGAUAAAUUCUGUUAACUGUUCUAACACUGACUCCCCCUCUAAACAAAGUUUUUAUGUGUUGUUCUAUAUGCAGAGUUUCAUAUUUAUUUUAUGGACGUUUCAUAAAGUUUGUUACCCCAGGGACAUGGACCUUUGGGCUUACUGCCAUUAUCAUUUGUAAUCUAUGUGUAAUCACUUGUUGUUACCUAUAGCAUUUCUAGUUUCUCCUUUACUUUUUACUAACUCCUAUUUUCAUUUAAAUAUAUUCAGAGAGCUGGAGUGUUGCUUUAUGCUUCAGAAAAGAAUAUAUUUUCAAGGAAUUAAUAUUGGUCACAAGUCAUGCAGUCCAACCAUAAACAUAACAGUUUUAUUUGCUAUUUAGUGAUCAGUUUGUUCAACAUCUUACAAGGUUGAGAAGGGCCCUUGGUCUUUACAGUUUCACAAGACAUGUAUAAGAGCAAACUUAGAAUAUAUAGAUACAUAAGUAAAUACAGUAUAGGCAUGAGCUAAUAAUUAAGCAAUUGCUUGGCAAACUAACUUAAUUGGGCAUUGUCCCUGUUUUCUGUCACCCUCCCUUCAAAGCCAAGAGCAGAAAAUGCUUUAAGUAUAACUAGAAAGAUACCCAGUGUGGUGUAGUGGAUAGAGUGACAGACUAUGACUCUAGAAGCCUGAGCUCAAAUCCCCACUCAGC